UGACGGUGUCCUGCCCCGGAAGUGCUCCCGUCCGCCCCUGUCCGCCAUGUCCGCUCCGGAGCUGCUGUCGGAUGACGGUUUCCGGUUGGACGGCCGCCGCCCGCGGGAGAUCCGGUCUCUGCGCAUGCGCCUGGGGCUGUUCCCGCGCGCGGACGGAUCCGCCUACAUCGAACAGGGAAACACCAAAGUUGUGGCCUUAGUGUACGGACCGAGAGAGGUCCGAGGUCCUCGCUCCCGCUCAGCUCCAGACCAGGCUGUUCUCCGCUGCCGCUUCAGCCUCGCUCCCUUCAGUGGCCCCGAACGGAGGCGGCCAAGGGGGGGGGAGGGGAGAGGCUCAGACCUGGCGCUGAGGCUGCAGCAGAGCCUCGAGGCUGCUGUCCUCACCCACCUCUACCCCCGAUCCCAGAUCGACGUCUAUGUGCAGGUCCUGCAGUCAGACGGCAGUCACUGCUGCACCGGCACCACCGCGGCGGCUCUGGCAGUGCUGGACGCAGGUAUCCCCCUCCGGGACGUGGUAUGUGCCGGUUCAGCUGCCCUGGCCGAGGGCACGGCCCUGACUGACCCCAAUGGGGCCGAGGAGGCUGCGGUGGGGCCGGGGCUGGCGCUGGCUCUGCUGCCGGCAUCGGGGCUGCUGGCGCUGGUGCAGCUCAGUGCCCGUGUGCCCUGCGAGCGCCUGGAGCCGGUGAUGGAGGCGGCUGCCGACGGGUGCCGGGAGCUGCACCGGGCGCUGGACAGGGAGCUGAGGAGGAGCCUGCGGGAGAGACAUGGGGAGGUGUGAGACUGGGACAUGGGACACAGUGACUAUGGCAUUGCCAUGGGAUGGGUGCCAUGGGUG